AUGAAUAAAUGUACUCCUUUUGCACCAAUGAAAUUAAGUCUCAGGUCUCUUAGUAAUCCUUUAUCGCGUAAAACUUAUAAGACGCAAUUUUCUUUUCAGCUAAUCAAACAGUUUGCCAACUCUGACAGUGGAAUAGAAAGGUCGAAUUCAGAGACCAAUACAAAGACUCUAGAUAUUGGGGUAAUGCAUCGAUAUAAGUUGGGUUCCAACACCAGUGGAGUUCGCAAUUCCAUUCACAUGACACCUCAAGAUCAUCGGAAGAUGCCAUCACCAGUAUCCGCAACGCCACCGGUUGUAUCGCGUCAUGUUGGGUCUAGUGCUGCCACCACCGCAUCGGGCUCUAUCAACCGUCCAGUAUCUCAUCGGAGACGGAAUUCACAACCCUCCCGUUCGACGUUAAAUGCUAGAUUAGAAGGAGGGGCGCUGUCUUCUACCAGUGGAGGUGGUGGUAGUGCUUCAUUUCAACAGAGAAAUACACCGGUUUUUGGUGGAGCUAGUGGAGGGAUAGAUAAUGCUCUGUCGGUGACAGCGAAUCAGAGGGUCACUGAGUGGCUACGAUCGGCCGGAUCGGUGCCUGAAGAGGCCGAUGAGGAGGAGGAGGAGCCAAUUCAUUGCACUCAUCAAAAAGUGAGUUAA